AUUUUCCGUACUUGCUCUGAUUCGAUUCCAAUUUUAGCCAUCAACCAUGUCCGAGGUAAACUUUUCCACUCGUGCCUACUGCAAAAUGCUGCUCCACGCGGCCAAAUAUCCGCACCUGGCCGUAAACGGGCUGCUGCUCGGUGCCAAGGGAAACGACCAGAAGGUGCUGGAUGCGGUUCCACUCUUCCACCAGUGUCUGCAUGUGACUCCGAUGUCGGAAAUUGCCCUCAUCCAGGUAGAAGCCAUAGCCGCCAAGGAGGGCCUCCAGGUGCUGGGAUACUACGCCGCGGCGGAGAAUUUCUACGACAACAGCCUGGAGAAGGCUCCGGCAGCGCGCAUUGCCGACAAGGUGGCGGAGAACGUGAGCGGAGCGGUGUUUGCUGUGAUUGACAAUCGGGCCGUUUCGAUCAACAUGCACUACCCGGCGCUGAAGGUUUGGCAAAGCAAGGAUGGCCGCUGGGCCAAGGUGGCCAAGUGCUCGGUGGAGGAUUCGAAGAAUACGUUCGAUGCCGUUUCCAGUCUGUUGCAGCGCGGAGCGAUGAAGGAACUGAACGAUUUCGAUAACUAUCUGGACAAUACGGACAACGAUUGGAGCAAUGCGCAUCUGAACCGGGACUUGGGGCAGAUUUUGUCGAUGUACUAGAAAGGUGGGGUUUUUUUUAUGUGUAAUCGCAUUUCCAAAAAUUGUAAUUUAUUCACAAAGCUAUAAGUUGUAAUAAAGGGCUUCAUUCAAUGUUA